AUGUCAUUUUUAACAAAUAUUACCAACUUUUUAGCAAAGGCAGUAAAUUCAAUAACAAGUGUUUUUGGUUUCAAAUUAUUUAAUGAUGUCAAAACCAUUCAAGCUCCAAAAGAAACUGAUACCACCCCUACACCAGUCCCAGAAAAUAGUACUGUAGAAUCAAAAGAAAAUGAUACUGAAGAAUCAACUGAUGGAACCAAGAUCAGACCAAAAAAACUCUAUGAACCAUUACCAAUGCUUCGUUAA